AAAGUCCAGUUCAAUCGAACAAUAGCAAACGACGCGUGAACGCGAUAAAAAUCAUUAAAUUAUAUCGCUCAAAACACACAACUGGAUAAAUUUAAUACAAUUUUAAUUUGUUUUGUUGAACUUGAAAGGAUACGAAAAGAAAAAAUUCAAAAUGGGUUGUCUUUCGGGCAUAGUCAAUUUCAUACUAUAUGUAGUUAAUGUUGUGUUCUUGAUCGUUGGCAUCCUCCUAAUCGUGCUGGGAUCGAUCAUGCUGGCCGACAUCAAUCGCUUUGACGGAUAUGGAUGUGGGAGCACGAACACCAUCCCCAUUUGCAUUACCGUGAUUGGAUCCCUGAUCUUUGUCGUCUCCUUCUUCGGCUGCUACGGCCUGUUCAGGCAGAGCGCCUGCAUGACAGGAGCGUACACCAGCAUGAUCUUCGUGCUCUUCAUCCUCCAACUGGUGCUCACCUGCUGGGUGUUCGUCAACCGAUCGGCCUUCCUGCAGGACAUGAGUAGCCUGGUCAAUUCGCUGUGGAACAAUCACGAUUACGAAGCCUUCGGUGUGCUAGAGGUUACCUUCGACUGUUGUGGCAACACUGGCCCUAGCAAUUACCCAAACCAGACGGUGCCCGGGACCUGCUGCGGCUAUGCGAGCCGCCAGACUGCCUGCUCGUACGAAAUCGCUGAGUCGAAGUCCGGCUGUAAUGCCAAGUUCGAGGAGUUCUGGUACAACAACAUGGACAUCAUCCGUUGGUCCGGCCUGGGCAUUGUCAUAUUUGAAUUGCUGGUUUUCCUCUUCGCUGGAGCCCUGACCAACUGCAUGCGUCGCGAAAAUGCUGGCAGACAAGUGUCCGCCUAGACAGGAAGAGAAUCAGUUUCCAUAGUAUACGUAUAUUAAUGUACAUACAUACUUAUAAUAAUAAAGAUUUAUACCGACCAAUGAGUACUAUACAUA